AUGCCGAAUGCUUGGAAUCAUUUUCUUCACUCGGUCAAGGCGGCCCUGCGUGCCAACGGACCGAGUCAGCACUGGAGUAAUGACCAGAUAGUGCAGACGGCAUCAUGGCUCUGGCAUCACCCUGGUGUCGACAGGACGCCGUUCGAAAAUGCAGCUGCAGCUGGGGCUAGCAAUCAGAGAUUGCAAUUAAACUUCGACCUACCAACAAGAGCGGCGACCAAAAAGGAAGCCAAUGCAGCAAAGAAAGCAAGAGCGUUGGGCCAGAACAUUGACGCGCUUCCGGGAUUCCAUAUAAUUCCAGCUCCGCCUGCAGGUGCUCCUCCUCAAUCUGCCCAGCCUCCACCGCCGCCACCACCUCGUCCUGCUCCUGUUGCUCCUGCUGCUCCUACUGCUCCUACUGCUCCUGCUGCUCCUACUGCUCCUACUGCUCCUGCUGCUCCUGCUACAGCAGCUGCGCCAAAUGCCCAGGCAGAAGUGUACCCAUGGUCUUUCUUUCCAGCCCGUCCAUGGAGAGAGACCCUCGGGCCGUCAGACUACAUGGAACGUAUGUGUGUGAAUCCAAGGUAUGAUAAAACCAACGAGAGACCCGGUGAACUGCUGGGAAAUGAAAGCGACCCGACCGACGAGAGAUGGGAGAUGACGCGAGAUCGCACUUUCCUGCACUCUGGAACGCAGAGAGGCGAUGGAGUGCGACGCUGGCAUGGUGCUAAGAUGCUAGGCAAAGGCGGUUACGGUCGGGCUGGGCUCUGGGUUCGCACUAACGGCAGUGGGAAUAUCCUAGAGCGGAUGGUGAUAAAGGAAUGCAUUUGGUCUGGAGACCAAUGGCAUUCCGCAAAGAAUUGGCUGGAUCGACUCCCUCGCGAAGUCCGACUCCAUCAGCUUAUAGAAGCAGGAAGACGAGCGACAGGAAAUGCACCGGAAUAUCGUCAUGUUGUUGAGGUGUUCGGGCACAGGCUUAUGAUGCACCACCAAAGAUACAGGUUAUACAUGCAGUAUGCGCCCCACGGAGACCUUCAUGACGCGCUGCGGAAGAUUGUAAGGCCGUAUAGUCGCAAAGAUCCACUGGGACGCAAAGAUCGAGAGUAUGAUGACGAAUCGUACACACCAAUGGAAUUCAUCUGGUACUUCUUCUCGCAGCUGGUGGACGCUUGUCUGGUAUUGCAGCAGGGAAGCGUAGGUGGGAGAUUGGACGGUUGGAAAGGUAUCACGCACUGUGACCUAGGUAAUUGGAACAACGUACUGCUGGCAGAGCCCUUGGAAGGCGAGAUUACCAACUACAGUGAGUACAGUGAGGACAGUGAGGGUAGCGAGGACAGCGAGGACAGCGAAGAGAACGAGAAGAGCAACAACAGCGAGGAAAAUGUGGACGGAGAGCAAUCCAAAGCAACGUGGCCUACGUUCCUUAUCGCAGAUCUAGGUUUUUCGUUCCAUGAAUUGAGUCCAAAUAAUACUGCAAACCCCCAAAACAACGACAAGGGAAAACGCAGCCAGAAGGACAACGCCAACCCCGACGGUAACGCCAACCCAAACAUCUGGCAAAACAACAACGUACCAGACCCCGAACACAACGACAACCCGUUUCUAUGGAAGUUGUGGAGCCCAACUCUAGGGGGGGGUCGAUAUCCUCCUGAAAUGCAGUGGAAAAGUACUACUCGAAUCGAUGAGAAGUCGGAUGUCUGGCAGAUCGCGAGUCUUGUUCACAUGUUGAUUGUCCAUCACUUUCCCAGACGAGAACAUGCAGGUGACCUGGGACCCCUCACUGAAGAUACACGCGAAUGGACAUAUGUAAAGAGGACAGGGGCGGGAGAUAAUGCCAUACGAGUCGAGACAAAGGAACUUCGCAUCUUUGCCUGUAAACACACCCACGCAGAGGACCAUAUACUCGUGAAACGUAAAAAAGGAGAGCCGGAUUUUGAUCUCGUCAAAUACGUCUACCCCCCGGAAUUAAGACAGUUAGUGGCAAGAUGCCUGUCUUACGACAAAGAUAAAAGACCGACUUUGGCCGAAUUGCGGGAUCUGAUCGAACCGCAUCGAAGAAACGCCGACAGGCCAGAGGUGCCUCACUUAAUCAUGAAACGGGAUAGGCGGUUCAGAAUAGGAAGAAAAUAUCGGCCUCCAAUGGGAAUGUAG